UAAGGCAUUUCUCUGUCUUUAAAAAUCUUUUCCUUCAUCGCAAAGUUUCCCAUAAAAAUCUCAUCUCAUCGAAUCUUUCGUCUUGUAUCGAACCAUGGGCGGAGGAAGAGUCAUGGCGACGGCGGCGAAGGUGGCUGGGAUCGGAGUCGCCAAAAGUGGAUUCAGGGGAGGAUUCGGAGUCCCCGCGGCGGCGAAUGAUCAGUUCAUCGUGAGAAACGCCUCCGCGUCUAAGCCGGUAUCGGCUUCGAUCUCAUCGGCGGUUCAUCCUUCGGUGGAAGAAGACGCGGUGGUUAUGCGUAAACCGGUCUGGGAAGACGAGUGGGAAUUCGCGGAAGUGGAGACGAAGACGAUCCCUAGGGUUGUUUUCGAUAAGCCUCCGUCUCUUCAGGAGGCUAAAGAAGCCACCGAUGAUCUCAAAGAUGCCCUCAACAUGGCGUAUAUGGAAGGGUCAAAUGAAGUUGGUUCAGUUUCAAGAAUGUUUUCAAGUUUUCACCCUUCUGAGAACAGAGCUGUUGAAUCAGCUGUUCCCCAGGUUGCCCUCAAGGCUUUUGCUUUUCUCAGUGAGAACACCGCCGCGCAGUCUGUUGUUGCUUCCAUUGCGUCUGACCCAAAGGUGUGGGAUGCUGUCAUGGAAAACAAGGAUCUCAUGAAAUUUCUUGAGACCAACACUGCUUUAACUACGGUUGAAGCUGACAAUGACGACAAAUCUGAACUUUCUAGCGAGACUGAAAGUGAAGAAGAGAGUGAAGCGAAGCCAAUCAAUCUCAUGGAGAUUCUGCGAGACAUGAAGCUGAAAGCUGUUCAAAUGAUGGAAAAUGUGUCUUCCUACUUUGGGGGUUUGUUCAGGACAGAGACUUUUACAGAGGGUGGACAGGAGAGGAAGAGGAUGUUGCUCAACGACCCUACUACUCUCUUUGGAUUAGCUGUUUGCGUUAUUUUCAUGGUAGUUCUGAAACGUGCUUAACAAGUUCCAGUUUCCUUUUUAAACUUGCCGAUAUAGCUUCAUAACUACUGUAAUCUCUUUCUGCUACUUCAUUAUCUCGUCUUAGAGUUUUUUUUUUUAAUACUGUUCUACUUAUGUUUGGAAUGGUUUGGAACUUGUCUUUAAUAUUUUCAUAAAUAAAAGUAUGCUUUGGUUGUAUUA